CCCGCCCGCACAGUUCGCCGUGGUCGCUCUUACGUUCACGACGUCCCCGGCAGUUGGGCUUCUUCUGAAAUUUUCCCGCCCGCCCGAACAUUAUGCUGUGUGCCGCAAAGUUUCACGUGCAGAAAUCAGCAAAUCGUCUCGUCUGAACCGUCUGUCGCAUUGACAAUUUGAGUUUGCGCCAAAGAUAAAUUUGGGACAUGGGGUUUAGAGUUAUCAUAUUUUUCGUAACUGUUGGAGCAUGCGUUGGUUGUAUACAGUUGCUGGAGGGCUGGAAAGAAGUGACUAUCGAGGAGCGCGCCAGAAGAUCUCAGGUCGUGUUUCAUGGGUUGGCCAUCACCACGUUCCCCGAUUCGAAUCCCGUCACAUACACGGCCCAGUUCUGGAUCAUUAACGUGUACAAGGGAGCGGAGACUCUGUCACAGUUCCUCGAGUUGGACCCCGGCAACGGGGGAGUGUACAACCUACGCGAUCGCCGCGUCAACGUGACGCAUUUCGGCGACAAGGUCCAGUGUUUCCCUCCCGUGGGGCCGCAGAACAACUACAUCGUGUUCGCUGAGAUGCGAGCCAAUGAGCUGGUCGCCAAGUACGACGAUCUCUUCGGUGCAGCCGCUGAUUGGUCGAAGGAGAGCGAAAAUCGGGUGUGGACCGGAGUUGGUUGGGAGCCGUGGUCUGACUGGUCCGCCUGCAGCGCCUCUUGCGGUGAAGGUACGCAGGAGCGGAGGAGAUUUUGUCGCCAGAGUGAUAGUUGCCAUGGUUACAACAAAGAGAGAAGGCGAUGCAAUAUGUUUUCCUGUCAAGGUGCCGCGUACCCGCUGGACAUCGAGGACCGCCGAUACUUCCACCCAUCCUCCCGGGCUCAGUGGGAGCGCGUGCCUGGGAGGCCAACCGCCUGGAGGCUGCACCCCUACUCCUACAUGUGGGUUCCGUCGUCAGAACUCUUCCCUGCCGUGGGUAACAGCCACACCGGGAACUUCCCCAGGGAGUUCACCCUUCUCGUCACCCUCAGGCUUCACCCACAGGGGCUGGCUCAAGGGACGGUGUUCAGCCUCCGAUCCCGACGCCAGCAGGACACGUACCUGUCCCUGGAGCUCGCCGGCCCUGACCGCGUCAAAUUGGUGCACGCGGGCCACAAUGGCACGCAGACCGUGGACAUUCCCGCGCCUCUGGGGGACGGCGAUUGGCAUCAGCUGGCUGUAGGGCUUCAUGGCGACAGCUCGGUAAGCAGCUUCCUGGAUUGCGGGUGGGUGGGCACUGACAUCCUCAGGAGGAACUCCCUGGACACACCGGCGGACGCAGACAUCGUCAUCGGCUACCUGUUCAUGGGCGACCUGGAACAGCUGACGAUCGUUCCCAACCCGAGCGCCGUCAGUCAGCAGUGCUCUGCAACCCGCAUCCCACUGCUGGACCCUUCGCUCGACUGCUCUGUGACGUGUGGCACCGGGUCUCAAUCCCGGUACUCGCGAUGUGUGGACGACGGUAGUCGCCUGGAACUAUGCAUGGAGGCGGGCGGGGAGCGCACGGAGACACGGACCUGCAGCCGGGGGCAGUGCACCGCCCCCGAGAGGUUCUACCCUCCCGUCACAAACCGCUCCGCUCCCGGAAGCAAGCAGCCGGAACAACACAAACACCGGAAGUUGCAUCACAGCAGCGCGACGAACGGGUCGGAUUGGGUGCUGAGUGGGUCCCGGAAGCCCUGCUCCUGUCUGCACGGGGGACUCUGCCACCUGAAGCGACGCGCGUGCCACUGCCUGCCCGGCUUCUCCGGUCGCCGAUGCGAGCGCGUGUCCUGCAAGCCGGGCUGCGAGAACGGGGGCUACUGCCGCGACCCCGACCGGUGCGUCUGCCCCCCUCACUACAGCGGCCCCCGCUGCCAGAACCGUAAGUCAGAAGUGAGAAGUGCUUACGGAAAUGUUGGUCGGAAACCGGGCCGCAGGCGAACCGCCUUCAUCAAGGUACGGGGGCCACUGCGUGAAGCCCCGCGCCUGCAACUGCCCUCCUGCGACCAGCGGCUCCUUCUGCCAGAACUGAAGUGCGAGUAUCGGCCGUACCAGGAGCCGUACACGAGGGGCUUCAGGCGACUGAUCAACAGGCGCGCCGACACCAACUGCGAGCCCCGGGGCUGGAAGGCCUGUGUUCGCAACCAGCCCGAGUACCAGACGGUCUACAAGACGUUCUACCGAACCGUGUACAAGUGUGCGGACAGCAAACACUGUAAGUAG